AUGUCAACCUUCAACGGGCUCGUGGCUGAGUUUCCCGACAUCAGAGUCGACUUCUUCCGCUCGCAACCAGAACAUCGCCCUCCGUUGGCGUGCUUUUUGAGCCAUAUCCACAGCGAUCACCUCGCCGGUUUGGAGAAUCUUCGGUCGCCAUUGUACAGGUACCCUUGCCGCAUCAACUAUGCUAACGGCAUCUUGGAGGCUCGCAUCCAGAGGUACCGUCAUCUCAAGACUUUGCUUAAACCCGUGCCCUUGGAUACGCCUACUGUUCUCGAGCUCGAACCCGGAAACAACCUUCAGGUCACCCUUUUCGAUAGCAACCACUGCCCGGGCGCCGUCAUGUUCUUAUUUGAGGGCCAAGACAAGGCUGUGCUCUACACUGGCGAUAUCAGGAGCGAGCCGUGGUUUGUCAAUGCGAUUGCCAGAUCACCAUCCUUGAUCGAGUAUUCCACGGGUCUCAAGACGCUCGACACCAUCUAUCUCGACACGUCAUUUACUGAUGAUAUCGACUUUCCUACCAAGUCUGAAGGCAUCACCGAGCUGCUCCGGAAGGUCUCGCGAUACCCACCCAAUACCAUCUUUCAUUUCCAGGCGUGGACGUACGGCUACGAGGAUGUAUGGCUUGCCCUUUCAAAAUCCCUGGGCUCCAAGAUCCACGUCGACAAAUAUAAAAUGGACAUGUUUCGCUCUCUUGUUGCCAUGAACCCGGACAACAAGUUUGCGCCCUCGUAUCACCUCACCCCCGAAGCCCCUGGCUUGGUCGGGUUCAUGUUUGGCAACACCUAUCAUGCCGGCUGCUUGACACUGGACGAGUCUGUCCGGCUCCACAGCUGCGAGAAAGGGAACUAUUGUGCCACUGUGAGGAACUCUCGAGUUGUGUGGAUCCGACCCAUCAUCACUCGUCUUCCGGAUGGCCAGGAUGUUGCUGAGAUUGGGGUUGGAGGAGGAGGGGAGGACUUGGAGAGAGAGGCGGAGUUGGAUUAUCUCUGCGCGGAUGAAGUGGUCUCACUCCUUGCCGUGCUCGGUGAUGUCGAUGGUAUCUCUAAGGACAUACGAGAUAAACUUGGUCAGUUUCUCCUCAGCGCCAUUGCUACCGGUCGGAAAGUCCCACUCAAUCUGGAAAUGGCGGCCUUCGGGGAGAACAAGGAGACCGACCUUAUCAGUGGCUUGCAGGCCAUAACCAGCAAGCUCAAGAACCGCAGUAGGCAGCAAUCAACGAGCAAUUUCGACGAGCACGCUCUUCCAAUUGUUGUCACCUUCCCAUAUUCGCGCCAUUCAUCCUACCGCGAGCUUUGCGACCUCGUCAGGGUAUUCAAACCCAGAGAUGUGUGGCCAUGCACCGUGGAUAUAACGAGGUGGCUUAAUGAAGGUAUUACCAUACGACGUCUCUUCGCUGAGUAUUGCUCUGGAGAUGACUUUCGGCAUGAUGGUUUCAUGAGGGAACGGUUCGGGGACGUGGUGAUUAAGGCGGUCAAUAACAUCGACAGCCAGGUUACCGUCUCCUCCGCAGGAAAUGUUGCCCACCUUUCGCAGGGUUCGACAACCGAGCCUGAGCCGAUUCACCACAGCCAGCAGCAGACUUCAACAACCGUUGACUGCCAACCCCGAGUUGUCGACGAUACAGAGAUCGAUCUUCACGAACUGGAAGUCCGUCCAGACGAUUCCCAGACCCAGGAAUUUGACAGAUAUGAGCCCACCGACGGCGGCGGAGGUCUCGAAGGUUUGUACCCGACAAGCCUCCUCCACUCGCAAGACUCGACCUUGUCGGAGACGGGUCUCGAAACUCGCUUUCAUGCAUUCAAAUCCAUCCUCGAAAAUGCUCAGGGCAGGGCUGGGGGACAGAUCAGUCUAUUGUCGACAACAGACAAUCACUCGACGCUUGAGACCGAGCUCACAUACUUGCGGCAUUGA